AUGUAUUCAAUUACGGAAUCGCGUCGUGCUACUGUUUCAUGUAAACACUUAUUUCCAUCAUCGACAAAUAAUCGUUCGAUACCGACAUCAUCAUCUCGACGACAUGUUAACAAUAAUUCAAAUAUACAACGAAAUAAUAAUAAUAAUAACAACAACAACAAUAAUAAUAAUAAUAACAAUAAUAAUACAUCUACACGAUCAUUAAAUCAAUCAACAAAAUCACAGAAAAAAAGUAUUAAUAUACAAAAUGAAAAUCUUUCAAAUUCAAAUGUCUUUCAUGUACCAUUUUGUACUGAACAAUUAAAUGAUAAUGAAAAAAACAAUAUCUCAAAACCUAAUAAUAAAUUCUUUCGAACAUCAUUAAAUCCACUUUCGCCUGCAUUUUAUUCUACUCGACAAACAUCAUUCUUGUUACAACAUAAACAAGAUAUUAUAUCAAGUGAUGUCAAAGUUCCACUAUUAUCUGAAACAUCAGACUAUAGUAGUGGUACUGAUCUUGAAUUACAAUCAAUUCAACGUAUAUCACCACAAACACACUCCUCACCAUUUACAUUCGAUUUUGAUGAACCGUCAUUUUCAUAUUCAAUAGAAAAUGUAAAUAAUCAAACACAAUCAGUUCGUCGUAUAUCUUCAUCAUCAGUAUCUUCAUCGUCAUCUUCUUCAACGUCACCAUCAUCAAGCAUAAGUAAUCUUUCUUCAUUAUCAUCUUCAUCUGAACUUCAAACAAAUUUUAUUAAUCAAAAUCGUUUAUCAAAUAAAAAAAAUUUAUCAUUAAAUAAUAAUAAUAAUAAUAAUAAUACAUCAAAUGAUUUGACUAUAUGUAAUUGUGGAAAAGAAAAUGUUUCUAAUCGUAAACGUAAUCGUUUUAAUUCUUAUCCUACACGACGUUUAACAACAAUAGACUAUUGUGAAGAUUGUCAAGCUAAACGUAUUAAAUAUAAUUUACGUACAAAAUAUUAUUCAAAUCGACAACAAAAACAACGUUCUAAUAAUAAUCGAUAUUAUGAUACAACAUUAACACCAACUAAAUUUACUGUUGAUUUAACUGGUCUUAACAUAAAAUAUACAAUAGAAUAUCAUGAUAAUGUUAAAUGUAUAUGUUCAACAACAAUACCACCAUAUCCAAAUACAUAUAUUAAUUGUUGUAAAUGCUUAUCAGUAAAUGAUUGGCCAUCAGUUCCAAUAAUAAAUUCAAUUAAUGAAUAUCCUAAUGACGUAUAUUAUACUAAUACAAAUAAUAUUUCUUGGAUACAACAACAACAACAACAACAACAACCAAAUCCAAUAUUUAAUUAUCACGAUUUAUAUUUAACAAAAUUCAAUAAUAAUAGUAAUAAUUUAUCAUCAAUAUAUUUUGAUAAUAAUGCAAUUAACGGAGCAAUGGGACAUUUACCAGCGUAUUAUCUCCGAUAUAUGAUACCACCGAUCGAAAGAGAGUCGAUUCAACCACCACCAACACGAUCAUGGCUUCGUUUAGCAUCACCGAAUACAACACAGUCCACAGCGAUAUUUACAGUUAUGAAUUAUAAUAUACUUUGUGAUAAAUAUGCCACAAGACAUGUUUAUGGUUAUUGUCCAUCGUGGGCAUUAAAAUGGGAAUAUAGACGAAAACAAAUACUUGAUGAAUUACGUUCCUAUGCUGCUGAUAUUAUUGCUCUGCAGGAGAUUGAAACUGAUCAGUUUUGUUCAUACUUUUUACCUGAAUUACAAAAGAUUGGUUAUGAUGGUGUAUUUAGUCCAAAAUCACGUGCAAAAACAAUGUGUGAACAAGAUCGUCGAUUUGUCGACGGUUGUGCUAUAUUUUAUCGUCAAUCAAAAUUUAAUUUAAUCAAACAUUAUCUUGUCGAAUUUAAUCAAUUAGCAAUGCUAGCUGCAAAUGGUCCAGCAUGUCAUGAUAUGAUGAAUCGUGUUAUGACGAAAGAUAAUAUUGGUCUUGUUGCUUUACUUGAGACAAAAGAUGCAAUCUAUUCUCAUACAUUUUCAAAUGGUGUUUUACCAUCUGAUCAUAAACAAAUGCUAUUUGUUUGUACAGCACAUAUUCAUUGGGAUCCAGAAUAUUCUGAUGUAAAAGUUAUUCAAACAUUAAUGUUAUUAUCAGAAUUAAAAACCAUUAUGGAAGAUGCAAUGAAAUUGCAUCGAAAAAAUUCUAAUCCAUCAAUAGAUUGCACAUCUGUACCAUUAGUUCUUUGUGGUGAUUUUAAUUCAUUACCUGAUUCAGGUGUUAUUGAAUUUAUGCGUAGUGGAAAAAUUUCAAUGAAUCACGCUGAUUUUAAAGAUCUUUCAUAUCAAUCAUGUUUACAAAAGAUUAAUCGUUCUGAUAUUAAUUCAACACAAAGCACUGAUAUAACGCAUCAUUUUAAAUUACAAUCAGCAUAUGAAACAACAUCAUCUCCUAUAAUGCCUUAUACAAAUUAUACAUAUGAUUUUAAAGGUAUAAUUGAUUAUGUAUUUUUUUCAUCACAAUUAAUGCGUGUACUUGGUGUAUUGGGACCACUUGAUCCUGAAUGGUUACAAUCAAAUAAAAUUGUUGGUUGUCCACAACCAAAUGUUCCAUCGGAUCAUUUUUCAUUACUUGUUGAAUUUGAAAUAGAUCCAACAAUAUCUGAUAUAUCAAAAAAAAAUAAUAAUAAGUCUGAAAAUUCUUCAACAACAACAACGUCCACAAUAACACCAUCUAUUUCUACACGAAAAUAA